AUGACAACAAAAAGGAAAUAUACUAAUACAUCAACUACAACGGUGGACACAACUCCUCUCCAAAACAAUAAAAAACCAAAAAACUUCAAUGAAAAAUAUAUAGAAGAAUUAAGGAUAAAAUUACUAGAAAAGAACAAAGAAAUACCAUUAUAUCUACUAGACUCUUUUAACCAGGUAGAUACCAUUUUAAAACAAACUGUAAUAACCAAAGAAAAUCAUUCGGCUAUUUUAGUAGGGCCCAGGGCUAAUUAUAAGACAUUAUCCAUAGAGACUUCCCUAAACAAUUUAAAGCAAAAAUACAAUGAUCAAUUUAUUGUAAUUAAGUUGAACGGAAUUAUUCAUACGGAAGAAAGUGCGAUUAGCAGUAUGGCAACCCAAUUAGAAUUACAACUACAAAAAUUAAGAGGUGAUUCUUUUAGUUUAUAUUUUGAAGAAGAAUUGGCUGAGAGAGAAAAAGCUUUAGAUAAAAAUAGCGAGGCAGUAAACUUGGAUUACAAAUUAAAUAAUGGGUCAUUAAUUGACAUUUUCCAAAGAUUUUUACAGAUUAUGAACUACAAAUCUACCGACACUCGUCAUAAAAGGGAAAAAGUCUCAAUGGUUUUCAUUUUUGAUGAAAUAGAUUCUUUUGCUGGCCCAGUUAGACAAACUUUGUUAUAUAACUUAUUUGAUAUGGUGGAAGGCUCCCAAAUUUCCUUUUGUAUAAUAGGUUGCACAACAAAAAUAAAUAUUAUGGAGUUUUUGGAGAAGCGAGUAAAGAGCAGGUUUUCUAAUCGAAUCAUUUAUUUUCCUAAACCUGCUAAUUAUAAAGAGUUUACUGAUAGUGUUUUUCAUUUAUUGAAAAUUAAAGAUGCAACGAAUGAAGCAGAACAGUGCUGGAAUCAAAAACUGUUUGAACAAAUUAAUAUCUCUUGUUCACCACUGAAUAACUUGAUAAAAAAAAACUUUGACUCAACGAAGGAUAUUAGAAAAUUUUUUAAUCUAUUUCAAGUAGUUUUCACCAAAUAUACUUUUCCAAGUUUCCAAAUCUCUGACUUAAGUUUAAUAGAAAAAUUUGAUAAAAACCGAUUAAAAAGCGGACUAACUUCUAGAGUUAAAUCUUUAUCAGAUUUGGAGCUUUCCAUUUUGAUUGCUGCUGCUAGGGUAUCAAUUAAAACCAAUGACAAUGUCAAUUUUAAUUUAGUUUAUGAUGAAUAUUCAUCAUUGCUUACUUCUAUAAAUGCUUCAAUACCAAGUGUUUUUGGAGGUAUGGAUAUAGAUAAAACUUACAAAAAAUGGAACAAACAAGAUAUUAAAAAUGUUUGGGAAAAUCUAUUAGACUUGAAUUUUUUGGUAGAAAAAGGUGCAUUGGGCAUAAGGGAGAGUGCAUUACAAGCUUUUGUUGCUUCAAAUUAUCAUACAAUACAAUCAUCAGUUUCAUUUGAUCUAAGAAAUUUAAAUGUGCUGGUUACUUUACAAGAGCUGAGAAGAAUAAUACCUUCUUCAUCUUUGCUAUAUCAAUGGACUACAUUAUAG